ACAAAGAAGGAAUCUUCACUUGUGAAGAGUUAAAAAAUAAAUAUAUGAAAAUAAAAACCCAAAGAAAUAAAGAAUUAAUUGAACAAAUUGAACAAAUUGAACCUUACAAAACAUUACAAGAAAAACAGAAUUUAAUUAACCAAUUGACUAAAGAAAUAUCAAAAGAAAAAUUAAGAAGGAAAAGAAGAAAUAGAAAAAUUAGAAUAUUAAAAGAAAGAAACUUAAAAUUGAAAGAAAACAAUUUUAAGCUAAAA